AACCUCCACUCUUUUGGGAAGGCUUUCCACUAGAUUUUGGAGUGUGGCUGUGGGGAUUUAUCCAUUCAGCCACAAAAGCAUUAGUGAGAUCAGACACUGAUGUUUGGCGAGGAGGCCUGGGGUGCAGUCGGAGUUCCAGUUCAUCCCAAAGGUUUCUUCCAUUGCAACCAUGGCGAAGCAUGUCUUCAUGGAGCUCGCUUUGUGCACAGGAGCAUUGUCAUGCUGGAGGAGGUUUGCACCUCUUAGUUCCAGUGAAGGGAAACGGUAAUGCUACAGCAUACAAAGACAUUUUAUACAGUUGUGUGCUGCUAACUUUGUGGUAACAGUUUUUGGAAGGCCCUCAUAUGGGUGUGAUGUUCAGGUGUCUAAAACCUUUGGCCAAAUAGUGUUGUGAUCUAUUUUUUUUUUUCUGUUCUGCUAAAAAAAACUAUCCUCUUCUGGUUUGUCUUCAGAAAAACUUCCUUCUUCAUUUAACACAUUUUGACAUGCAAAUUAACGCGUGACGUCACCUGGCGACGUCUACCUACUCUUUGAGAAUGCACUAGCUACUUUCCCCUGAAAAGAGUUGGCCACACUCAGUUCACAAGGACCAUCCGGUUAAAAUUUGGUAUCUUUAAACGUUUUGACUCUAUGGAAGGAAACGAGAAGUUACCAGCAAACAGAAGUCGCCUGAAAAGUGAAAGGAAAGAGAAGUGUGUCGUCACGCGGUGUGGUCACAUGACCGCUGUGUGGAAGCGCGAGCGUCCUCUCCGGGUCUCUACAGAGAGCUCUAUAACACAGCGCGAGCCGAGCGCGCACACGAAAAACCAACGCAAGCCUUUUAUUUUUUGCGGAUUAGCACAGGUUUGUUUUCUAUUAUUUUAAUGCAUCGUGACCCAGACUCCCUUUUGAUGACGGAUAUUUCUUUCGCGCUGCCAACAUGGCCGUGGUUGACCAAAAUAACGCCGUUCACGACUCCACCGAAAGGGAUCGAUUGCUGUCUCCUGUGAACUGCUAUGGUUCUCAUGACUGCAGCAUUGACCAUGGCAACUCCAAGUUGUACCCAGCAAAAGGAACCUGGGUUACCAUGGACCAGGAAGAGGAAGAGUUGAGGAGGAAGUUGAAAUAUUUCUUCAUGAGCCCAUGUGAUAAGUACCAUGCCAAGGGCAGAAAGCCAUUUAAAUUGGUCCUGCAGCUCCUAAAGAUCAUCCUAGUGACAGCACAGCUUGUGCUAUUUGGUUUGAGUAACCAGAUGGUGGUGACAUUUAAAGAAGAAAACACAGCCUCCUUUAAACAUCUCUUCCUUAAAGACUACAGCGAUGGUGCAGAUGACACACUGGCAGUGUACACGCAGAGUGACGUCUAUGAACACAUCUAUUACGCAAUAGAACAGUACCUGCACUUGCCGGACACCACUGUGGGGCGCUACGCAUACGUGUACGGAGUGGGUGUCAACGGUAGUGCUCUGUCUCUCUGCCAGCAAUAUUAUAAAAAAGGCCGCAUCGACCCAGCAAAUGACACCUUCAUCAUCGACCCACACAUUAUUACAGAUUGUGUAGGAGUCUCACCGCUCGAUGUACCUGAUGGCUUUUUGAAAAAAGAGUACAAAAAUUUCACUCUUAAAUUUCACAAGCUCAUCAAUGUUACAAUACAGUUUCAGCUAAAGGCUAUAAAUCUUCAGACCAUCAUAAACAACGAGAUUCCAGACUGUUACACUUUUAUAAUCACGAUCGUCCUGGACAAUAAGGCUCACAGUGGCAAGGUGAAGAUUAGUCUGGAUAACCAGGUCUCUAUCAAGGAGUGCAGAGACCCCAGUGUAUCCGGCCAUGCGGAGAACUACACCCGGGUGGCCUUUGAUGUGGCUGUAGCGAUGAUUUGUGGCCUCUCUCUGGUGCUCUGUGGGCGCUCCAUUCUCAGAGGAAUCCUCCUUCAGCAUGAGUUUGUACAGUACUUUAAAAAUAAACUGAAGCACACAGUUUGUUGGGGGGACAGGAUGGAGUUCAUCAAUGGCUGGUACAUCCUGCUCAUCAUCAGUGACCUGCUUACCAUCGCUGGCUCCUUCAUAAAGAUUGGCAUUGAGUCCAAGAACAUCUCGUCCUAUGACGUAUGUGGGAUUUUGUUGGGAACAUCAACACUGUUGGUGUGGGUGGGGGUGAUUCGCUACCUCAGCUUCUUCCAGAAGUACAAUAUUCUGAUCGUGACGUUACGUGCAGCGUUCCCUAACGUGAUCCGUUUCUGCUGCUGUGUGGCAGUGAUCUAUCUGGGAUACUGCUUCUGUGGCUGGAUUGUUUUAGGGCCAUACCACGUCAAGUUCCGCUCUCUGUCCAUGGUGUCAGAGUGCCUGUUCUCUCUGAUAAAUGGAGAUGACAUGUUUGUCACUUUCAGUGGCAUGCAGGAGAGCAGCACACUGGUGUGGGUCUUCAGCCAGGUGUACCUGUACACAUUUAUCUCUCUGUUCAUUUACAUGGUGCUCUCACUCUUCAUCGCCCUCAUCACCGGGGCGUACGAGACCAUCAAGCACCAAACUCAGGAGCCCAUUCACAUCACAGAUUUGCAUGCGUUCAUCGCCGAGUGCAAAGACACACCCAGCUCUGGAAAGUUCCGGGGACUGGAGACGUCACCGUGCUCCUUCUUCUGCUGCUGUGACAGGACCACCACCUAUGAAGACGUUCUACUGGUGAACUAGUCAUUCAACUACAGCUCUUAUGCUCCCUGCUGGUGACAGUAUGAUGCUGCAUCCAUUCCACAUUUAGAAACAGGAUAAGAACAGAUACCAAGUGCUGCAUCCUAUACACAUUUACCUCCACACACUCAUCACACACUGCAGGAGAGAGGAUUUUCCUCCUGGACGUGAUGGUGAUGUGACUCCUCCUGGAUGUGACUCCAUAUUUUUCAGCUGAGCAUGAAAAGAACAGAGCAAUGGGGGAAAAAAGCAAUUUCUGUCUGUCACCCGCUUCACAGAGAGCAGCACUACGUUGGUGCAGUGCACAAGCUUUAUUUAGGAAAACAGUGUAUGUUAGGAGGUCAGUGUUUUAUGUGUCGUAUUUAACAUGAUUUUAGUGUGCUGUUAACUUAGCAGGAGCUAAUAUAUUUAGUGCUACUGUUAAUGUUUUUGCAUUGUUUUAAACUUAUAAGUCAUGGCUAACUUAUCAUUUUGAAGAAGAAGAACUGCUAUUGCACCGUACCUCACUUUCACUACCCCAGACAUCUCAUCUCAGCACUCAUCACUUCCUUAAUUUUCCUUUCAAGAUACAAGAAUAAGCUGCCCUAAGAUAUAGUGAGCUGUUUUGUAAUAUUUUACGUUCUCCACACAUUCCAGCAGCAGUUAGUAAAAUAUCUGCUCAAACAAAUGAUUUGGACCACCAACAUUCAACCAGUCCAGACAAAGAGGCAUCUCUGCCGGCUUAGUCGUGUCUCCUGUCCUUUCAGAAAACUCCCUCUGUUGCACUAGCAUUCAGGGAUUCUAGCCUAGGCAUGUGCUUUGAAGUUAACAAUGAAGUGAGGGGCCAUGAUUGGAUUUUGUGCUUCUGUUAUCUUCUUCCAAAAUUGUGUGUCUUGUGAGUGUCCUAAACUAGUUCAUCUUUUGCUGCAUUCAAAGAAAUGUGUCUAAAAUGCUAAUACAUUUUGCUGAUUCAAACUUGAGACAAAUGUUAAUUGGUUCAGAUAAGGUGGGUUUUAAUUGGGAACAGCAUGUAAAGAUUUAGAACAUGGUUGAGGGCAUUAUCACUUUGCAAACUUGGGAAAUAAAAGAAAUUUUGAUCGGUUCAAACAUCUUUGAGAAGCUGAACAGAAUGUUCACUGAUGCAGUCAUUAUAUCCUGGAUAAACUGGAAGGGUUGCAUUGACAGUGUAUGACCUACAUCAUGAACAGGAAACACGUAUGUUCAGUUCUGGAUUUUAGAGAUAGCCACUGCAACUAUGGGUCGCUGUGGGGACUGAUUUAGAUUUACUGCCAUUAAUAUUCCUGAAGGUUCAUUCAGAAGAGCUAAUCGAGUAAGAAAUGGAGUGGAGUGUGAUUUUGUCGCAAUGAUGCAGUAUGCAAACACUUGUUUAUUUUCUUCUCUCAGUGACACUGUCUAUGUCUGUACAGAAUUUUAAAUUAUUCAUGUAUACACUCACUGGUCACUUUAUUAGGAAAACCUGUAUACCUGCUCAUUUAUGCAGUUAUCCAGUCAGCCAAUCCUCUGGUCUCUCUUAUCAACAAGGCAUUUCCACCCACAGAACUGUUGCUCCCUUACUUUUUUUUUUUUUUUUUUUUUUUUUCCCCCGCACCAUUCUGUGUAAACUCUCCAGACUGUUGUGUGUGAAAAUCCCAGGAGACCAGCAGUUUCUGAAAUCCUAAUCUGACACCAACAACCAUGGCACGGUUAAAGUCAUAGAGAUCUCAUUUUCCCCCCAUUCUGAUGUUUGAUGUGAACCUGAACUAAAGCUCAUGAAGCUCGUGUAUCUGCAUGAUUUUUGCAUUGCACUUCUGCCACAUGAUUAGCUGAUUAGAUAACUGCAUGAAUGUGUAGGUGUACAGGUGUAUCUAAUAGUGGAUGGUGAGCGUAUGUGUAUUGUAAUUAGUUUCUAUGUAUAUAAUGAGUUUUAAAUGCACCAAGAGUAAAGAGGAUACAUUUAAUGGUACAAUAACGUACAGUUUUUCAAAAGAGCUCAGUUUCCUUUUGAGGCUUAUCUAGUAUCAGUAUCCCUUAUUGCAAUUACUGUGACUAAUCAUUACAAUAGAAAGUGGGAAACUGACCUGAGAUGAGUCUACAAAUGCUGAAAAGGAGGCUCUUGUAUCAACACAUACUGCUGAAAUCAUAUGUCUACUUGAAUGAAGUUUCUGAACAAGUGCUGUCUUUUUUUUGUGUAAUGAUUUGUCACUGAGUUAUGUAAUAUAUAAAUAUUCAUAUAUUCCGUUUUGUCUUUUACCCAUGAUCAUUUAUGCUUGGUGAAUAUAUUACAAUGUUACAAGCAUCUAAUUUCUAUGGCUUUUUAAAAACAGCUGUUUUGGACACUUAAAGCAAUUUUUUUUUUUUUUUGGUCUCUGGUUAUUUUAUCAGUUUUUUUGCAAGUGUAUUGCUAAUCUGUUCAUCCUGUUGAUACACAUCCAAUACAGAGACUUUUUUUUGCAGUUUAGAUUUGUUUAUUUAAUUAACAGCAGCCUCUGAGAAAAUCCUUGAAUGUGUUAUGUCCUAUAAAUAUUUUCUAUAAUG